AUGGAACGACAUAGAGCACCUCCUGAGCUAACAGGUGACAACUAUGCGUACUUGAAGGCCCGCACCAAAAUGCAUCUACGAGCUCAAGGGGAGAGGGUCUGGAGGGCUGUUCUCACUGGUUGGUCUCAUCCCACCAAAGAUGGAGUCAAUACAGGAGAUCCUCUAGUCCUCAAACUAGAAGCAGAAUGGACAGAGACUGAGAUGACUACCGCAAGCUUCAAUCAUAAAGGGUUAGAUACUAUAUUUUCUUUAAUGCAUGAGAGUCAAUUUACCAUUGUUGCAGGGUGUGACUCGACUAAAGAAGCUUGGGAUGCCUUAGAAACUACCUAUGAAGGAACUGCAUCAGUUAAACAAUCCAAGUUACAAAUGGUUCAAACCGACUUUGAAGAUCUAAAGAUGAAAGAUGAUGAAACCAUAGUGGAUUUUCAUGCUCGGGUACAAGAAUUAGCCAAUAGAGCAAGCAUUUUAGGCGAACCAAUCACUCAAAAAAGACUUGUCAAAAAGAUUCUUCGUUCACUCCCUCCAAGGUUUCGAAUGAAAGUUACAGCCAUUCAGGAACAUGAUGGAUGGGAAAAGAAAAUGGUACAACAAUUGAUAGGAAGCCUACAAACGUAUGAGAUGGAAAUCUUAGGCGGACGUGAAACAAAAGGAAAAACCGUAGCAUUUACUGUCGAAGACGCUGGAGCAGUCUCUGGUCACGAUGAGGUAAAACAACGACAAUCUGGAAAACUUAGCAAGUUUCAAGGUCAAAGAGGAUCGGGAUCGAGUGCAAAUCGUAACAAUCAAAGAUCAAACUCAUCUAGCCAACGACCAGGUGCAUCUAGGAACUCUCAAUCCAAAGACAAAACCGGAGGCAAAGGGAUCAAAUGUUAUGAAUGUGAAGGGUAUGGCCAUGUGCAGGCUGAAUGUCCAACCUAUUUGAGAAGAAAGAAGUCAAUGAAAGUUGUACUUACCUGGAGUGAUGAUGAUGAACCAGAAACAGAUCCAGGUUCUGAUCCAGAUGAGAUCUCCGGAAACUUUGUUGCCUUUACAGCUCUUACAACUACAGUACCCGAAUCUACAACUGUCAAUAGGUCUCUGUCUAGUCAGGUUAACAUUCUAGAAAAUGCCAAAAAAGUGUAUCUAUCUAAAAUAUCUGACAGGGACAGCAUCAUUGAAGACAAUCACAAGAACGAAGAAAAUCUCAAACAUGAGAUAGAAAAUCUCAAAAAGGAACUGGAGCAACUCAAACGCAAGAUAAAAAUGAUGGAUAACACAUCCACCUUAGACCAAAUAUUAGAUUCUGGUCGAAAGACAUCUACAAAGUAUGGAUUAGGCUACUCUGGAGGAAAGGACAAAGCUACUACAAUUUUUGUCAAAGCCUCAGGUUCUGACUCAGUCUCUGGAGCAGAUCAAGAUAGUCCAGAAACUAGUACAGCUCGGCGUCAAGUUAACUUUGCUCCAAGGAAAACGUCAAUCAAGGUUAGAAUGUAUAAUCCUAUAUGUCAUUACUGCAGGGUACGCGGACAUACAAAAUCGGAGUACUUCUACUUCUACAAAGACCAACGCUGUGAGAAAUACACAAACAAAUCUAUCACCCCGUUUGUCAAGCAAAUUUGGGUGAAGAAAAGUGACUUUGUAUGUCAUGUCUCUUUCCACUCUACAAGUACUAACAGAAAAGAGAGAUGGUACUUUGAUAGUGGAUGCUCGCGGCAUAUGACGGGUGAUGCUAAGUUCCUAAACAAUAUAAAUGGAAGAGUGGAAAGUCUGCUUUACAAAAGACAGCUGCAACGUUACAGACUACAAAAAGAACUGUGUCAUGGAAGGUCCAGCAUAAAAGAAUCAAAACUGUGGCAUCAAAAGUUAGGUCACUUGAACUAUCGCUCACUUGAAAAACUAAUCAAGAUUGAGGGUGUUCGAGGUCUACCUAAUAUCAAGGUAGAAACAACUGGAGUAUGCAGUGCCUGUCAAGCUGGAAAACAAACUAGAGCAGCGCAUACCUCUCAAAAUAUGAUCAAUACCACACACUACCUGGAACUCAUUCACAUGGACCUCAUUGAACCUACCCGAACAGAAAGCAUUGGAGGUAAAAGGUAUAUUUUAGUUUGUGUUGAUGAUUUUUCUAGGUUUUCGUGGGCCAGUUUUCUCAAGGAAAAGUCAGAAACUUUCGAAGCCUUCAAAGCCCUUGCCCUAAAACUCCAAAAAGAGAAAGAUGGGCCAAUCAUACGCAUUAGAAGUGAUCAUGGACGUGAAUUCGACAACCAAGUAUUUGAUGAUUGGUGUGCAUCAGUCGGUAUUUUCCAUGAGUAUUCAGCACCUAAAACACCACAACAAAAUGGCGUGGUUGAAAGGAAGAAUCGCACAAUUCAAGAGAUGGCUCGGGUUCUACUCAAUGCAAAAGACUUGCCUCAGAGAUUUUGGGCUGAAGCAGUAAGUACUGCUUGUCACACGAUAAACCAAGUUUAUCUACGACCCGGAACACAUCAUACUCCAUAUGAAAUAUGGAAAGGUAAGAAGCCUAAUAUUAACUAUUUUCAUAUUUUCGGCUCACGGUGUUUUAUCUUGAAGGACCGAAACCCAACUGGAAAGUUCGAGCCUAAAAGUGAUGAAGGGUACUUCCUUGGGUACUCAACGAAUAGUCGUGCCUACCGUGUCUACAACAAAGUUACAAAAUCCAUCAUGGAAUCGGCAAACGUGGUGGUUGAUGAUCAACCUGAAGAAAUAACCGAGGUCAUAAGAGUCUCUAAUCCAGAAGAUACUCCAGAACCUGACACAAAUAAUCCAGAACCCCCUGAAACUACAUCAUCAGAUUCUACUCCAACUUCUCCAGCUACCAGUUCAGAACCUGGUCCAGACCCAGAUGCUGGAGCACUCGACGGGGCUAUACGACUUCACAAAGAUCACCCUACUCAAAAUAUCAUAGGAAAUCCAUCCUCUGGAGUAAGGACUAGAGGGAUUAAACGAUAUUACCUCGAGCUUGCAGGGUAUACGUGUUACACAUCAGAGAUCGAACCCAAGACGGUAAAAGAAGCCCUAUCUGAUGAACACUGGAUUAAAGCCAUGCAGGAAGAACUCGGACAAUUUGAACGUAACAAGGUAUGGAAUCUAGUCCCUAAACCUGACGGUGUGAAUGUUGUAGGAACAAAGUGGAUCUUUCACAACAAGACUGAUUCAGCUAGAAACAUUGCUCGCAACAAAGCAAGACUGGUUGCACAAGGCUACUCUCAAAUUGAAGGUAUCGAUUAUGAAGAGACAUUUGCACCGGUAGCACGCCUAGAAUCUAUUCGCCUUCUUCUAUGGUUUGAAGAUCCUCAUCAUCCUGACCAUGUCUACAAACUGGACAAGGCUCUAUAUGGUCUAAAACAAGCUCCGAGGGCUUGGUAUGAAAGGCUAUCCCAGUAUCUUCUCCAGCACGGCUAUAACCGAGGGGGAGUCGACAAAACCUUAUUUAUCAAAAGGUCAGGAUACAGUGAUGCCGACUGGGCCGGAAAUGCAGAUGACCGCAAAAGUACAUCUGGUGGUUGUUUCUUUUUGGGAAAGAACUUAGUUGCCUGGCUAAGUAAGAAGCAAAACUCGAUAUCUCUCAGCACAGCUGAAGCUGAAUACAUCGCAGCUGGUAGCUGUUGUACUCAACUCCUAUGGAUGAGACAGAUGCUUCAAGAUUAUGGUCUACAUCAAGAAUUUACUCCAGAAAAUCCUCCAGAUAUGAUCUCUGCUCCAGUACGCUCUCCAGACCGGAAAAUAAGCCUCUUUGACCGCACUAAAUAA